AUGGCUAUUGGAAGCGUCAAGCCUGUUGAAGGAAAUGCACCUGAAUCCUCUGAUGAUGAUGCUCCUAUGACUCAAGGCAGAACUCGUCAAGCCACCGCCGAAGCAAAUGCUCCUCCGAAUGGAAAUGGCAAUAAAAAUCCAAAUGCCGAACAAAAUGGCAAUCCCGAAGGAAAUGAUGAUACAAAUGAUGAUGCUGAUGAAAAUGAUAAUGAUCAUCAAGAUGAAAAUCCUCAUCCACUAGUGGCAAAUCGAGUUGAUCCUUCACUAAUUCUCGAUGAAAUUGAGAAUCCAAGUUAUCGACCCACAACUCGUUCACGCACUCAUUUGGCUAACUACUGUGGCAGUUUCUCCUUUGUCUCAUUGGCAGAACCUACCAAGUAUGAAGAAGCCAUGAAUGAUCCAGAUUGGAUGAAUGCAAUGCAAGAGGAGUUGGUGCAAUUCAAACUGAGUGAUGUAUGGGAACUGAUUGACAAACCAAAUCCCAAGAACCACAAUGUCAUCGGCACAAAAUGGAUUUUCCGCAAUAAGCCAGAUGAAAAUGGCAUUGUGGUAAGAAACAAAGCAUGA